AUGGGAGGAGGAGAAGUUUUUGAGAUUCAUCAACAGCAAGCAACCCCCACUUGUCCCUCGGAGAUCAUUUCUUCUUCUUUCAUUCCAAUUCACCAAGACGCAUCAGCAGCAGCACACUCCCCUUCAUCAUCAUCAUCAUUGCUACUACCCAAUAACAUCAUGUCCUCCAAGCUGAUGAUGAUGUACACUACCACUACUAGUAGUGAGUCGUAUCCUCAACAAGAUAUUUACAGCAGCACUCCUCCAUCGAAUGGAAUUUUUCCACCUCCACCUCCUCCAUCAUCAAUCUAUUCACCCUCCUCCAACAUCAAUCCAGUACAGCAACAACAACAAGAUGAAGAGAGGAACAGUCCACUUUCGUCGACCACACAGGUGAAUGAAUUUUCUCUCUCGGACUCUGUCUAUCCAUCCAAUGGGCUCAUUCUCUCUUCCUCUACAACGUCGUUGAGUGCAGAGGUAUGGAUGAGUAGUAGUAAUAUUACUACUACUACACCUUCAAACGCUUCUUCCUCCCCCAUGAUUCACUCCUCUAUUACCAACGGAAUUCUUUCGUCGCCACAAAAGAAAAAGCCUUUACCGACAACAAUAGGGAUGAUAAAGAAACCGUUGCCACCUCGACCAACACAAACAACCACAGAAGUUGGCAUCGUAUUUUCACAUCCAUCAACGUUGAAUAAUAGUAGUGAUGAUUCAAAUGGACUAGUAUAUGUAAAUAGCCCACCAAAAGUGUCAUAUCUUGAUUAUUCCGACACCAACUCUGUAUAUUCCCAAAAUUCUACUACUAUAUCCAGUGCUGCAAGUUAUAAUUAUGAGCUUGCAAAUAUUAAUCCCGAACCAAUUUCACAUAUUUUCACUGCUGUUGAUGGCAGUAUGCAUAGAAGCACAUCACUAUCCGGAAUUCUCACAAACAGAAAACAAAAUAAUCAAAAUUUAUUAACCACGACACAAGAAGAUAUUUCUCGAUCACAUAGCCAUGACAAACUCAAGUCGGACGACUCGGCGAAAAAACAACAGAUUAAUGGAAACAAUAACAACAAUCGAAAAAACAAAAAAAUAUUUUACAAUACGGAAUUUUUGGAAAGAUGCGGCUUCAGCAACAACUCAAUAGAACAACAACAGCUUAAACAAUUAAAGCAAGAUGAAAUACAAGAGGAGCAAAUUCGUCAAAUGCACAACGAGCAAGAACGAAAGCUCAAACAAACAGAAAUGGAGGAGCUAGCUCUUGUCAACAGGACUCUGCAGCAAGAAUUUAGUUUUUCUGAAUAUAUUACUUCACAACCAAAAUAUUCGUGGAGUGACUUUUUUGCUCACAACAAGAAUGCAUUUAGUUUGAUACGGGCAAUGGCCUCUCAGUGGUCAUGGGGAGAAAUGACUCUCGGUCUUGAAUAUUUUGCGAGAAGCCGAGCUAAAAUGAAACGUGACUUUUCAAGCUUUAUAUUAGAAGCCCAAUUAGAGAAAAUACCUGCAUCCGAGAUUGAGAUUUGGAGACAUUAUGCUCGGUUGACAUAUCAAGUCUUCAGAGACUCUAUUGAAGAUAUACCUAGAAACACUAAGUUAGAGCUUCAUAAGAUUAUUGCCUAUGAUAGAACACAGCAAGCCAUGAGACCCGGUUAUUUUCUGUGCGUAGACGAUUUUACUAAAUCUAUUCUUGUAAUUUUCCGAGGAACUAAAUCCUUCAGUGACAUCCUGACAGACCUUCAUUGUUCGUCCAUUAAGUAUAAAUAUGGCUACUGUCACAAAGGAAUUCUAACAGCAGCAAAAUAUUUUGAUUCCAACAAAUUUAUCAAGGAAGUAGUCAGAAGAACAUUAGACCAUCAUCCUGGAUACAAAUUGAGAUUGCUAGGUCAUAGUUUGGGAGGAGGCACGGCAGCCAUUCUGGCCACCAUGUGGAAGAAAGAAUUUCCGGAUAUUCAUUGCUAUGCAUUUGCAUGCCCUCCUGUGCUAUCCCAGAUACUUUCUGAUGAAUGUGCUGAAUAUGUUACAAGCUUUAUCAAUGGAGAUGAUUUUGUGACUCGACUGUCAAUGACUGCCGUUCAUGAGCUUCGAAAAGAGGUUCAAAACUAUCCUUGGAAGGAGGAAAUGAUGAGGGAUAUUCAGAAUUCAAUGAUUGGAAAAUUUGCGGCAGGAGUUAAGAAUUAUGCUUCAGGGCUUUUUAGCGGCCUAUUCGGUUCAAGGAAACAAGAACAAGAACAAAUAGAGCAAGCAAUUUUGGAGUCUAAAAAGGAAGCUCAAGAAGAAAAAUAUUUAAACGAAAAGGAGUCACAAGAUAUGAAAAAGGCUUUGGAAGAAUCGAAACGAAUCUAUUUAUUGCAAUCGAGAGACGAGUUAUCGACAUCAUCCUCAUCACAGGAAAUGGAUAGUAAUAUUGGAACCACUAAUGAAGACACACAAAGCUCAACCUCUGAAGAGCCCCUUUCCGCUGUUUCCUCUCAGUCGAGUUUGACUGACGAAAGCUUUACAAAAAAACGAGCACCCAAAAAGAAGAAGAAAAUCCAAACUCCAGAUUCUCCACUUAUCAUUAAUGAUUAUGAAAACCUUGUGGUGACGUUAUUCCCAGCUGGAAAAGUUUAUCAAAUAAGAAAUAUUAAUGGCAAAGUGUAUAUUAAGAGAGCCAAACAGGAGGAAAUAUCCACCAUCAUUUUAAGUGACAGCUACAAGGAGGAUCACAGAAUGAUCAAUUAUUUAAUCAACUUGGAUGCCUUAGAAAUUUAG